CGGGAAGGGAUUACAUUCUGAAUAGUAAACAGUGUUGUUAUAUAAUUUGGGUUAAUGUAGGAUUACUAUUGUUAAAGCUCGUUUGACUUUUUCGCACCGGGUUCAAUAUACGUGUUUUGUCCUACGCGGCCUCCCGUAUGACAACAAGGAAGCAGCGACGUAUGGGUACUCCAUAAGCUUCACAACUAUGUGUUAGCAUAAUUAAAAUGUAUUCUCUUUUAACGUAACGUUAAUUACCUCACCUAUGUUCUUAGAAAAGUGGUAACACGCCUAACCAGCUUUAGCUAGUUCGCAGCGGUGCUAGUGAAAGAUAUUAGAAUGGCGCAGAACAUGUUUCGGACCGGGUUUCUGGUUCGUGCCACACACACCCUGCUAACUUGGGUCAUAACCCUCACACUGUUCCUGCACAACACCGAUUUGAGAAAGUGUGAGGAACAAGGAGAGCUGUUGCUCCCGGUUCUGUUCUUCCUCCUGGUCGUGCUGUCAGUGCUAUUAUAUUUUGCUGUUUCUUUAAUGGACCCUGGCUUUGUUCUCACUGACACUGUCAAGGGUGUUCAGGGUUCAAAUGAGGAAAUGGAGUCGAUGAUUCCUCAGUCUUCGACCCCUCGGCUGCGUCGCUGCGGAUACUGCCUACUGCAGCAGCAGCCAAUGAGAGCGAAGCACUGUCAGACGUGUAAACGCUGCGUUCGUCGCUUCGACCACCACUGUCCCUGGAUCGAGAACUGUGUUGGAGAGAGGAACCACCGCUGGUUCAUCAUCUACCUGCUGGUGCAGCUGCUUGCUCUGCUGUGGGCUCUUCACAUCGCUCUGUCAGGCAUCUCACCCAGGGUCACAUGGGAGCUGUGGUUCAGAGUGAACGGAUUCCUGCUGGCAGCCCUGGCCGUUGUUGGCAUUUUCUCUGUCGUGGUGGUGCUGCUGCUGGGCUGCCAUCUCUACCUGGUUUCCAUCAACUGCACCACCUGGGAGUUCAUGUCUCGUCACAGGAUCUCGUACUUGAAGAACUGCGAAAAUGAGGAGAACCCUUUCGACCGCGGGGUCUUCUGCAACAUGUGGCAUUUCUUUUGCAUUUGCAGGAUGGUGAUGUGGGAGCAAAUGUACCACAGAAACACCCCAAGUUCUGUUUGACCUCUAGCCAGAUGGCAUAUGGCUGUCUACACCAGUCAGACAAUCCUUUCAGGGAAGGAAAAUCAUUUUCCAGUCUCAGUGGCAGAUAUUUAAAACUUACUUUUCCUUCUGUGUUGAACUUUGCAACUGAACUGGACCAUAAAAUCUUAGAUAUCAUUAAAUGUAUAUUUGUAGAGCAUACAGCAUGUAGAGCAUGCAACAUACAGUGCUAACCUGAUGUUGAGCAAAUCACCUUAAUUCACACAGGUUUUUGAUACAAAUACCAUGAUACCUUGAGCUCAAAUGUGUUUUAACCACAUUAGCAGUGUGACUUUCAUGUAUGCAUUAUAAGAGCUGGCUACCAGACCCAAAGAUGGCGCCUAUUCAGUCACCUGGCACAUACAUCAAAACAAAGUUUCUAGCUUUCAGGUUUACUCUCUGUGUAUGCGACGCGGUGAAUAGGAACAGCAGUGUUCCUCCCACGUGCCCCACCCAUGAGUUCCCACUCAGCUCAUAGACUUUACAUUGUGGUGCAUCAUGGAUUUUUAAAUCACUUUUCUCGGCUCGAGGGAAGUUUACAAAUACAAAACCUCCAUGGAUCAAAAAUUCACAACAGAAUGAGUCAUAAUUGACCGUGUUUGUAGUUUGAGUUGUCCUGUUAACAGUUUUACAGACAUCUCUUUUUUUUGAUGUGAUCUAUGGGGAAAAUGAUUUUUGGGCUAGGGGCGGCACAGUGGUGCAGUGGUUAGCACUGUCGCCUCAUAGCAAGAGGGUUCCAGGUUCGAAUCCCGGUCUGGGCCCUUCUAUGUGGAGUUUGCAUGUUCUCCCUGUGCCUGCGUGAGUUU